CAUGUGCCUGGAGAACUCCCGGUAAUUGUCUAGGUUCUGUCAGGAAUGCAGCAGGAGAGGAGCGUAUUUCAUGCUUAAGACCUGAGAAGAGCGACGCAAUACUCAGUGGAUAAAAGGCUUGCAGUCCCAGCUGGGAAAAAGAGUCCCAUUAUCUCCCAGCUGCAUAGACAUUCCAUACGGCUUGGUUCUGCCUGGAUGCACGGCAUGGCUGGCUGAGAGCACGUCACAGAGUUCUGCAGAAAAAUUGUAAAGAUCCCGAGACAUUUCCCUGGUAAGAUCUACAUUUGAGAAACUGCCUGGAAGGUAGACACAUUUCCUGCUGGUUGUAUGGGAGGAAUCUUUGACCUUGGAAAGUGGAGAUGAGGUUUCUACGGAAACUUGUAAUGCUGCUGCCACUUAUAAGCACUUGUGCAGGUGAUGAUCUUUUGAGUCGUCCUGUGUUCAGCCAGGAGCCCGAAGAUGUCAUUUUCCCUUUGGACUCAUCCCACUUGGAAAUAACUCUGAAGUGUGCUGCGCACGGUUACCCUUUACCCCACUACAGGUGGAAGCAAAAUGGCACUGAUAUUGAUUUCACCAAGACCUAUCACUACAGGUUGGAUGGAGGAAAUUUGGCAAUCAGUAGCCCCCACACAGAGCAAGAUAUUGGCAUGUAUCAGUGCCUAGCCACCAAUCUCCUGGGGACAAUUCUGAGUCGGAAGGCAAAGCUCAAGUUUGCAUAUAUUAAAGAAUUUGAAACCAAAACACGAAGUACUGUGUCAGUCCGAGAAGGUCAAGGUGUGGUGCUUCUCUGUGGUCCACCACCACAUGUUGGAGACUUAUCUUAUGCAUGGACCUUCAAUGAUAAUCCUUUAUAUGUCCAAGAAGACAACAGACGGUUUGUAUCUCAAGAGACAGGAAACUUGUACAUUGCCAAAAUGGAACCAUCAGAUGUGGGCAACUACACUUGCUUCAUAACAAACAAGGAAGCCCAGAGAAGUGUUCAAGGACCACCCACUCCAUUAGUGCAGCGCACUGAUGGUGUGAUGGGGGAGUAUGAGCCAAAGAUUGAAGUGCGUUUUCCAGAAACAAUACAAGCUGCAAAGGAUUCGUCUGUAAAACUGGAAUGCUUUGCCCUUGGAAAUCCAGUCCCUGAUAUUAGUUGGAGGAGGCUGGAUGGAAGCCUAUUACCAGGGAAAGUCAAGUACAGCAAAUCCAAAGCUAUCCUUGAGAUCCUGAACUUUCAGCAGGAAGAUGAAGGCAUCUAUGAGUGCACUGCAGGCAACCUGCGAGGAAGAAACAUUGCAAGGGGCCAACUCAUGUUCUAUGCCCCUCCAGAAUGGGAACAAAAAAUCCAAAAUACAUAUUUGUCUUUAUAUGACAGUUUAUUUUGGGAAUGCAAAGCUAGUGGAAAGCCGAAACCAUCCUACACCUGGUUAAAGAAUGGCGAGAUCCUCAACCUAGAGGAAAGAAUUCAAAUAGAAAAUGGCACAUUAAUCAUAACAAUGCUAAACGUGUCAGAUUCUGGUGUCUACCAAUGUGCUGCAGAAAACAAAUAUCAGAUCAUUUAUGAAAAUGCAGAAUUAAAAGUAUUAGCUUCAGCUCCCAAUUUCUCCAAAAAUCCUAUUAAAAGAAAUUCAGUUGCUCAGGUCGGUGGGGAUAUUGCUAUUGACUGCAAGCCCACAGCUUUCCCCAAGGCAGCGAUCUCUUGGAAGAGAGGAUUGGAGAGCUUGAGACAAAGUAAAAGAGUGUUACUCACAGAGGAUGGCAGCCUCCGAAUAUAUAAUAUCACCAGGUCAGAUGCUGGACCAUACACUUGCAUAGCCACAAAUCAGUUUGGAGUUGCUAAGAGCACUGGCAGCCUGGUUGUAAAAGAGAGGACAGUUAUUACUGUUCCACCUUUCAAAAUGGAUGUGACGGUGGGUGAGAGUAUAGUCCUACCAUGCCAGGUAUCCCACGACCCCUCCAUUGAAGUUGUAUUUGUCUGGUCCUUCAAUGGAGAUAUCAUAGACUUUAAAAAAAAAGGAGUUUAUCAUUUUGAAAGAAUUGGAGGAGAAUCUGUUGGAGAUUUGAUGAUAAGGAAUAUUCAGUUAAGCCAUUCAGGAAAAUAUACGUGCAUAGUUCAAACAACUCUAGAAAUUUUAUCUGUUGUAGCUGAUAUCAUUGUUAGAGGUCCCCCAGGCCCCCCAGAGGAUGUGAGAGUGGAACAUAUUUCGAGUAGUACCUCUCAACUCAGCUGGAGACCAGGUCCAGAUAAUAACAGUCCUAUUCAAAUAUUUACUAUUCAGGCUCGAACACCAUUUUCUUUGGGCUGGCAGGCUGUUUCUACAGUUCCAGAAAUCCUCAGUGGUAAGACAUACAAUGCCACCGUGGUUGGCUUGAGUCCUUGGGUGGAAUAUGAAUUUCGUGUCGUUGCUGGGAACAGCAUUGGGAUUGGAGAACCAAGUAAGCCAUCAGAAUUGCUAAGAACCAAAGCAUCAGUCCCAGUCAUGGCACCAACAAUUAUCAACGGAGGUGGAGGAAGUCGGUCUGAACUCAUCAUUACGUGGGAGUCAAUUCCAGAAGAACUCCAGAAUGGUGAGGGAUUUGGAUAUAUCAUCAUGUUUCGGCCAGUUGGCUCAACCUCCUGGACCAAAGAAAGAAUCGUUUCUGUGGAAGCAUCAAGGUUCAUUUACAGAAAUGAAAGCAUCACACCUCUCUCUCCCUUUGAAGUCAAAGUGGGUGUAUAUAACAACGAAGGAGAAGGAUCCCUUAGUACUAUAUCCAUUGUCUACUCUGGAGAAGAUGAACCUCAACUAGCCCCAAGAAGAACUUCUGUCCAGAGUGUUUCUGCUUCUGAAAUGGAGGUUUCCUGGAAUGCUAUUGACUGGGAUAGAAACACAGGACGUGUGCUGGGCUAUGAGAUCUUAUACUGGACAGAUGACUCCAAAGAUUCCUUGAUUGGUAAGGUGAGGGUCCGUGGAAAUGUCACUACCAAAACCAUCACAGGACUGAAAGCAAAUACUGUCUACUUUACUUCUGUGAGGGCUUACAAUACUGCCGGGACAGGACCCUCAAGUGCUCCUGUGAAUGUCACCACCAAAAAGUCCCCCCCAAGUCAACGACCAGCGAAUAUUGCAUGGAAAUUGAUUAAUUCUAAAUUAUGCUUAAACUGGGAACAUGUAAAAAACAUGGAAAAUGAGUCUGAAGUGUUGGGCUACAAGAUUCUGUAUAGGCAAAACAGACAAAGUAAAAUUCACAUUUUGGAAACAAAUAAUACAUCAGCUGAGCUUCUGGUGCCGUUUGAAGAAGAUUACUUGAUUGAAAUAAGGACAGUUAGUGAUGGUGGGGAUGGAAGCAGCAGUGAGGAAAUUAGGAUUCCAAAAAUGUCAAGUUUGAGUUCCAGAGGAAGUCCAGUUUUAGAAACUAGCUUCCAUUUUCUGUCAGUUGUCAUGAUUUUGUACUGUUUUACUAUUCAGCCACUUAUAUGAUGAAUAAAAAUAUAAUCUUUGAGGGAUUUUUAAAAAAAAUAAACCAUUCUGUAAAUAAGCUCUCCAGACCCCAGGUUCAUGACACACUCUUAAUACAGACUUGUUGGAGAAAAAAUAAAAUAUAUAUUAUUAAGAUCUUAUAAAUAUCUAUGCUACAUCAUUAAACAACCGUAAGCACUUUUGAAUCUGAAAGUUCAAACAUGAUUGCAUAUGUCUGAAAGGUGCCAAAUUACCUGUGGAGGCUACACUAUUCUGUAUAUUAAGUGGCUUACGUGGAGGGCAACAAUGACUCCUCUUGAAGAUGAUAAAUAUAUCAGAAAUCUGCAGUCUGGUGAGAGGUUCAUUUUUAUGUGCUAUAGCAAUUUACUUCAGUCUUCAAAGUUUUGGCUUUUCUUGAGAAUAAAAUACUUUGUUUAUAUUUUAUAUUCUUUUAAAAUGUAAGCAAUCUC